AUGCGAGCCUUGUGCGCGUUGGCGUUGCUGUGCUUCGCCACAGCUGCGGCAGCCGAAGAGAACGCGAUAGUGGGCACGUCGGUGAACACGCAGUGGGACUCGGAGUUGGACACACCGCCGGGCACGCAGGUGGACAUUGUCUACUGCAACCACACCGUCCUAAAGAGAGAUGGAAGCUUCCAAGUGGAUCAGUGCCGCGAUAUCUGCGUGCACAUCGCGGGCACGUGCCUCGCUGCGGAACGCACGAUGCCCAAAGACAUCGAGAUUGAGGGAAUACCCGUGACCGCGGAGUGCUUCAGCAGUGCCGCAGAAGAAUACGAUAAGAGUUGCAUCUUUGCCAUGAGUAAGGAUGUCAACACGGGGCUUCGGAUCGCUUCGGGCAUCGUACCCAUAAAGGAAACCGGCGUGAAGACGGUCAGCGUCUCAAACAUGACCUCCCCCAUCGUGUUCGUACAGCUCAUCACGGAUUCCGGCGAACACUUGCCGCCAAAGGCCAGGGUCGCGGUAAACGUCGUAAACAAGACAAACUUCAAUCUCUCCAUCAAGGGGGUACCGGCGAGCAGCGACACUACAUCAGGGUCGGAGUUGUUCGUACAAUGGAUAGCAAUCGACGAGUCAGACCUGCUCAAGGGUUUCAGGCACUACCACGUAGACCUGCAAAAGUACAAAAUCACUAGCAAGGAGCGGCAUAGGCACGGUAUUGACCUCACAAAUGCGCAGGGUUGGUCGGAGAACAUCGCAAUGUUCGUGCAAGAGCUUUCGACGAAUGUGGAGGUGACGGCGGCGUUAAUCACGACGGAAAAUAGCAUAACAGUUAAUAUCCAGCCCACAUACCUUAGUGAAGAAAUAGGAAAAGAGGGGUCGUCGGUCUCGGCCGAAGUAGCAGUGCUACUGGUAGACAUGAACCACUUCAAAAACGGCGCGAAGGUGAUGUUCGGAAACCUACCGAUCUCAUUCCCAGCGUGGCGCAGAAGUAAGGAGGGGGUGCAACUCGAAAUGGCCAAGCCAGAGCAGGGGCUAAUAUUUUUCACCCCGCACUACAACCGUAUCACCAGUGCAAUUCCAGUGGAAUCCUGUUGGUUCGACUAUGUUGCCAGCGAACACGGAAGCUUUUUCUGCCACCUAGAACCCGAGUCGCUCAUUACGCUACCGCAUAUAGACACACCCAACUUCGCACUCAUGUUGGUGGGGAAUGCCACCGAUGCCAAGGAGGAUGAUAUCGACAAGUUCAGGUACAAGAAUUGUUACGACGCAUACUCGACGAAACUUUCGGCGCAAAAGGAGCGGCAAAAACCGUGGAAAGAAACCGAAGACAUGGAGUGCAAGAGAUCAUGUUUGGCGCAGUACCAUCUAUGCCGGGGGCGUGCAUCUUGCCUAAAAGCAUACAUGAACGUGGCGUGCGAGAUCGAUGGGUACGUGUACAAAAGUCAGGAGCACAAGGUUGUGGAGAAUCCACCUACGUUUGUCGAUUUAAUACACGUGCUCUCGUACGAACUGAAAGGUGCGGUAUGCAAGGGGCUGCUAGAUGCCGCCAAAAUCGACGAACUGAAGAAGCACAAAUAUCAAUGGGAACGCCACGCCGAAGAGCUAUGCCGAGCCAAAGAAGGUGAGGGUAAACAAGAUGAUGUCCUGGUGGUCAUAGACGGGCACCUCUCGGCCAAAUUUUGUGAGAACAUCAACGACCGUGACGAGGUCGAGUGGACUCCUCUUACGUCCAUGUGGGAUAAGCUGGUGGUAAACGGCAAAGCAAAAACUGUCGAAGAAAUUUUCGAGAAUCGAACAGUCUUUGGUUUAUGCCACAAGGACGGCAUUAUACAUAUGAAUCAGUAUUUCGAUCACUUGAAAGAGGAGCCGGAACUGCCUGAAGAAGAUGUUUCCGUGGACUGUAUCGAGUCCGAAUGGGCGGAAUGGGGGCAAUGCAGCGCCGAGUGUAUCCCGGAUGACGGAGUGGUUAUCAGGAAACGUGUACGUUACGUGCUGCAGAAACCGUCGGGAAACGGUCGCAAGUGCGUCAUAGAGGAAACGAAGCCGUGCGUAGAAGGCGAAAUACCCGUAUGUAGUAAAAUCUGCCUCUUGACGGAAUGGACCGAUUGGUCCAGGUGUGUCAAGUACAAACAGCACAGGGAAAGAUACGUGAAGAGCUAUACCGUACAUUGUGAUACCGCAGAGAAGGUGGAAGUCAGAGAUUGCAAACCUGGUGGCGAUGAUGAGUUUACAUUGGGAGAAGGAGAGGACGACGAGGAGGAGGAAGAGGACGAAGAUGAAGGUGAAGAGGACGACGACGAAGGUGAAGAGGACGACGACGGGGAAGAGGAUGAAGAUGAAGAUUAUAUGCGUGAUGAUGGUCGUAAAGGUGCUGAUUACGAGACGGGGGAAACGCUCCACGGGAAAGAAAAUAGAAACCAGCCUCGCUAUUUACCUCAAAGCAGCGCGUUGCGUCAACCGAGGCGCAUGCUGCAUACCAGCGGCGUAUCAGGUCGGACUGAACCCAGAGGAUACCGCAGAACUCAAGUGAAGCGUAACCGUGAUGGGGAUCCAGGAGACGGAGGUGAGAUUGGCCACCGGCAAGACUCGCCGACGUUGGAAGUGGAGGACGAGACCAUGGAUUCAGAUGACAGCGACGAGACUGAUGAUCUUUCAUUUUCUAGUGGUGGAAGACUUCUGCAGAGCGGGCCCCAUUCGCCGUCCAACAUCCAGUUAACCAGCAGAGUCGAUGAAAGGGGAGCGCAUAGUGAAAAGGCUCGGAGGAGAAAGGCCCAGGGGGGCAAAUCGCACUCCAAACAGCGAACAGCUGACGAAACAUCACUCCUAGAGUUUCAGGAGGAUCAGGAAAAUAGAAACUGCCACCUGUGGUCCGAGUGGUCAGGAUGUUCCUCCGUCUGCAACGACGAUGUAGGGCGCCAGUACAAAGUGUCUACCAGGUGUGACGCGCACAGCACAUACGAACUCUCAGACAAAAUCGAUAAAAGACUCUGUGAGCAUCAGGAGGACUGUGGCCUCAAAGCGCCUCUCGUUUGCAAGCAGGUCAGGAGCCUGUACUUCUCAGAGGCGGAUGACGUAAUUUGCCAAGAGGAGUGCGUAAGGCUGCUGCAAUCGUGCAGGGAGACCAAGGAACGCAAUCACCUCCUGUGCCUUGCAAAACUCAGGACAGUGUCCGCCGAAGACGCCAGCUUCUUCCACAGAUGCGUACUGCCCGAUGAGCAGGAGGAGACCCUGAAGCUGUUGCACACGCUUUUUCAAAACAGGUGCUUCAUCUCGAGGGCGUCGUACUCCCAGGAGGAGGGUUCAUGGGUCAACAAGGAAACGCGAAGCUGCCACUGCUCCAUACCCGGAUCAGUGCCCUGCACAGCUAAAGAAUUACACUACACCAGGAAUGACGUAUACAGGGACCUAAUAGACUCGGGAUUCUGUCCCAGCCUCAACUACAAACAGGCGUUCUUUAAUGUGUGGAAGCAAAAUGCGCUACCCGACUCGCUGACGUACGUGUCGCUGGCAGACAACCAGCGGUUACAUUGCCCGCUGGGGGUGGAUGACGAAACGUUCACGUACACGCAAUUUGCUGAAGGAGAGCUAGAGAACUACUGCAGACACGGGCCCGUGUAUGCUGCCAUGAAAGCAAUGACGGAGCGUCCGGUCAGGCAGUACGCCCACAAAUACGACUGCUCAACGGUUGUGUCAACCUCGUCAACAAUGACAGACUUUGAAUGCGGCGCGCUCUGCCGAACAGUUCGGGCGAAGUGCCUGACGAAUCACAAGAAAUAUCUGAAGUGCAUCAAAGACAGGCUGACAGACUUCAGAUACGAGGCUGAUAUUUUCAAGGAGUACGGAUGCAAACUGCCGCCAACCUUAGACUCUACGUUCGACGAGGAAUACUACAGGGCGUUUAUCGGCACAAUGGAAACGGAACAAGCCGACAAAAUGCCUUGCAUUAUCCUUACACAAAACGCCAUCUUGCACUGUGAGGCCGAAGAACUUCUCAACAACCCAGACACGCUUGUCGCAUGUAUGGCACGGCAUAUGGGCGAAGCAGAGCCUACCACACCUGCCGGGCCACCAACGCUGUUCGAGGCCACGAUGGCCUCCGUAGAACGGUUCAAGCAGAAUUGCAAGUUCAGCCCAUCCCGCAAGGCGGGCUCUGGAUAUGUGAUGUGCAGGUUCCCCACGGAAACGGAUGGAUACGAGAACUGGAGUCAGUGGUCAGAAUGCACCGCGAAUUGUAACGACUUCGAAAACGUGGCAACGCGGUACAGGACACGAAGGAUGGCAGCGGCAGCCAAAAAUACGUUCUUCCGCCUGCGAGAGGGGACACUGCAGUUCGAACUCUGCCUACACCUUCCCGGCUGCGAAAAGGGCAGAUGGAUCGAUAGCUUCAGCGAGGAAGACGGCAUCCACUUGGUGGACUACGAGGCGUACAGCGAACACCACAACGAAAAUAACGUCAACUGGUUGGAGCAGACAUAUUUGCAGUAUCCGGAGCUGCGCAACACAUCCAGCGAGUCCGCAUCCUGCCAAAUAUACAAGUCGUCCAAAAUCUUCUCCUCCAAGGGUACCAUCUGCGGUUGCCCGCACGGGCACAAGCCGUGCUCAUUCGCGACCGCCAUGGCCGAUCCCAUGUGGAUGGUGGGGAUGCAAAACUUCUGCCAGAAGCGGCCGCUGGCGUCCAUAGGUUUUGAAGGGACUAUCAGGGACUACCGAUACUACUGCAACAUAGGGAUGCUGUUCAUGCAGACGGAGUACAGCGGGCCUCUGGCCUGCGAGUACUUCGACAACGAAGAGUACGUGGCCUGCCAGGCCUCCGACACCAAGCCGAUUACGCUGCGCAGCAAACAGUUCACGCUCAUGGGUGUCUGCCUGGGCGUGGUAUUCUGCACUUACGCGGUCAUUUUGUACCUCAUUAAGAACCGCAGGAAGCGUAACAGCGCUGAGAAAAAGAGCGACUGA